AUGAACCUCCAGAACACAGAAAGACUGCUGGUUGUAAGUGGGCUGCUGAUAAGAGUGGUAUUUUAUUUGUUUGGUAUCUACCAGGACGCACAUUUUAAAGUAAGAUACACAGAUAUUGAUUAUUUUGUCUUCCACGAUGCAGCUGGGUAUGUCUAUGAGAAAUUAAUCAACCUUAACUCCAAUUUUCCAGUGAAUGGAUCACCAUACCAAAGAGAUACUUAUCGAUAUACGCCAUUAUUAAGUUGGCUAUUGGUCCCAGAUCAUUAUUUCGAUUUAUUCCAUUUAGGGAAGUUUUUGUUCAUGAUUUUUGAUUUAUUUACAGGAAUUGUUAUAAUGAAGAUGUUAAAGAAUAUUUCCCCAAAGAUUUCUUCUCUCAAGUUGGGGCUUUUAAGUAGUAUCUGGCUCUUAAAUCCAAUGGUUAUUACUAUUAGUACGAGAGGUAACGCAGAAAGUAUUCUUUGCUUUUUAGUGAUGUUAUCAUUAUACUUUUUACAAAAAAGGAGAUACUGGCUAGCGGGCAUUAUAUAUGGUCUUUCCAUCCAUUUCAAAAUUUAUCCAAUAAUAUAUUGUCUCGCAAUCUCGAUAUACUUGGUAUGUGCUUCCCAUAAUAAUGCUACGGUAUCAUCAAAACUAAAGAACUUGAUCAUUGUUGGCGCAACUACAUUAUUUACCAUUGUUGGGUUAGGAACCUUGAUGUAUUCCAUUUAUGGAUUCGAAUUCUUGGAUCAAGCAUAUUUUUACCACCUUUACAGAACAGAUCACAGACAUAAUUUUUCACUAUGGAAUAUAUUAUUAUAUUUUGAUUCAGCAAGUGAUCCAAACUCAGUAUCACUUCUAUCCAAAUUUUCAUUCGCACCUCAAAUGUUAAUAACAAUUGUGCUAACCUAUUUAGAAUAUUUGCAGCCUACGUUUGCCAAUCUCUUAAACGUUCUUUUCUUACAAACGUUUGCCUUUGUUACAUACAACAAGGUUUGUACGUCACAAUAUUUCGUUUGGUAUCUCAUCUUUCUCCCCUUUUCUCUAAUAAAUACAACAAUUUCUAUGAAAAGAGGCGUUGCCAUGUUGUUAGUAUGGGUGGGCACGCAGGCCCUUUGGUUAAGCCAAGGAUAUUAUUUAGAAUUUGAAGGUAGAAAUGUAUUCUAUCCAGGGAUUUUCUUCGGUGCAGUGGCUUUCUUUGCUGGAAAUGUGUGGACACUUGGGCAAUUUAUUGAUGACAUUACGUCUACAAUUCUAAAAUCAAGUAUAGCUGUCAAAGUGAAGAAGAAUGUCUAA